UUUCGGAGUCAAUCGCACGAUUGCACGGCUUCGACAACGAUUUCGAUGGCCCGACCUCAUUUCCGAUGUCAUGCGGUAUUGCGACUCUUGCGAAGUUUGCCGACGCAGCAAACCCCGCAACCGCAAUCCCUAUGGCGAGUUACGCCCGAUGCGUAUCCCUCGGGAACCCGGUAUCUCCAUUGCUAUGGAUGUCACCGGUCCGUUUCCUCGAGACCGGCUCGAGCACGACGGCAUCCUCACGGUUGUGGACCGAUUGAGCAAGUACGCACGUUUUCUUCCUUGCACAAAGGUUGGAUUUGUGGCCACGGCGUACUCGAGGACAUAGUCAGCGACCGCGACACUCGUUUCAUGUCGACUUUUUGGACCUCUCUCAUGCAGGAGUCCAGCACGACGAUGAAACCCAUAUCGGCUCGGCAUCCACAGACAGACGGGCAAACGGAGCGGGCACAUCAGACCGCUCAAAUGAUGCUUCGUACGCUCAUCCGUCCGGACCAGAAGGAUUGGGUUGACCGCCUCCCUGACAUCGAGUUCGCCUACAACACUUCAGUGCACCCGACGAUCGAUGCGACUCCAUUCGAGUUGCACCACGGUGGACGGAAAGGCCGUAUCUUCGCUGAUCUUAUCCUCCCUCGACCAGCCGACAUUGAAGCCGCUUGCUCUCCCGCUUCUGUCCGGAAGUACAGGGAAUUGCUGGCUCAAGCCCGUACAAACAUGCAAAAGGCUCAAGUCCGCAUGCAGCAGCAAGCCAACAGGCGCCGCGUACGAUGUCCCAUCCGCGCCGGAGAUCGAGUUUGGGUCUCCUCGGAAGAGUUUGCAUUGGAACAGGAUGUCUCACGAAAACUACUAUCUAAGUGGUUUGGACCAUGGACAGUGACAUCAGCUGCGGGCAAUGAGCCCGAUGGCCCUUCAUUUGUGAUCGACAUUCCUGAGCAUCUGACGGUCCAUCCAGUCUUUCAUGCGUCAAAGCUGGCAACAUAUACACCAGCUAAGAGCGAUGACUUCCCGGGCCGACGAUCGCAGGACCCUCCUUCUAUGGACGGUCAUCAGGAGGUUGACCGCGUCAUCUCAGAUCGCAAGUAUGGCAGCAAGCCGCACCAGUACAAAGUUACAUUCAGAGCAUGYGAUCCCGACGACACUCGGUGGAUUUCAGGAGCAGAUUUGAAAGCGUCUGCACCGCUGAUCUACGCUCACUACGAGCGACAGAGGUUAGCCAAGGGACCUCCACGACCUGCCCCUCCCACCCGGACUGUGCUCCCUCCCUCAGACAGACAGCUUCGCCCUCGUAGGUAAGCUCGGUCUUUCAAGGAGGGGGGGGUGUGGCAUACUGUGCAGCCACACAGGCCCUGCAGGGCCCGUCCCGGACCUCCAGCCUGUUUCCCUACAGGGAAACUUCCAGGCUCUUGCCUGGAAGCUUCCUUCUGACAGGGCCUACAGGCCCCAGCCUGUUUCAGCGCCGAGUGCCCACACACCCAUCUGCCGCCGAAGCGGCACACUUGCACAUAUAUUUAUCACAUAAUCCAUAAAAGGGUGGAGGGCAAAAGGCAACUUACCGAAGACAGAGGACUCCACCAGCAAGAAAGCAUGAACCCCAUUUGCCAUAGGUCCAAAAAAACUUAGAGAGCCCUCCGUGUCGGCCCACAAAACCACAAACUUAAUUGAACAAACCCAAUAUUAUAAA